ACUUUGACAUCCCUAUUUAAGAACACAUUGAAAUGCUUCCAAUUGCUAAAUUUUGCACCAAGUUACUUAUAUUUCAUACAGAUGAGACUUCAAUUCACAAAUGAACUGAAAACUGCGUUUGACAUGAGUUCGACUCAACAUCACUCCUGUUUCCAAGGCCGGACCACAUAUAAACUGUUUUCAAUUUAAAAUGAAAUAAUAUAAAACUAAUCCGUUUGGGCAAAAAUAUAGAAUAUAAAAAACAAAUGGAUAUGCACCAAAACUUUGUUGAGAGUAGCGGACCACAAUCUCGAUUAUAUGUGUUUAAUCAGAUUUUUGAGGCAGAAAGGAACGAAAACUUUGGGCGAUAUCUGGAACUUUUUCAAAAAAUUUAUGAGACUAGCCAACAAAACAGUUUUUUAGAAUUCUGGACUACAAACGGAGAUAGUAUUGUUUCUGAAGAAUAUUGGCGGGCGCAUGAAGGUGGAAAAAAAUCUCUCGAUUCCAGCGAGUCCGACCCAAUAAUUUGCGAUAAUUCCGAAAACGCAGAUUAUAACUCUGCAGAAAAUAAUAUAUUUUGGCAGCAGUACUACGAAAAGAUAUAUGUUGAGCAAUAUCAGGUGUUUGCCUUAAUUUUUUAUGAAUAUUAUAAACACUUGCACAAAUCUUUGGAGGCAGAAGAUAUUGAAAGUGAGAAAUAUGCAGUAAAUGAUAAAAAUCAAGUUAUUAGCGAAAGCAUUGUUGGCGAAUUUCAACAACUCCAACUACUUGGAUUGCCUACCUCUUUUGGUAAAAACCAAAGGAAUAACAAAACGAAUACAAAAAGGGAAACAAAACAGCAUAAUAUUUGCAGCGGAUUUUUUUCGGACGAGGAGGACGAUAUUGGAAUCAUGGAUACGAUAGACAACCCUGAAUUGCAAGUAAAUAAUCAAAUAGACUUGAGUGAUAUAGAGGAUGCAGAGGAUAAGACAUCUAUUUAUGCCAUUAAAAAGAAAACUAUAGAAAAGAAAAAGAAGAACCGCAAGCUUCGAAAUGUGCCUGAGUUCCUUCUUGAAAACAAGGGUAUGUUAAAAUACUGGCGGAAACGAUUCUCACUAUUUUCACGGUAUGAUGACGGCAUACGUUUAGACUGUGAAAGCUGGUUCUCAGUAACACCGGAAAAAAUUGCUAUUCACAUGGCUGACCGCUUAGCUUGUGAUUUAAUCAUAGAUGCCUUCUGUGGUUGCGGCGGUAAUGCCAUACAAUUUGCACGCACCUGCAAACGUGUUGUGGCAAUCGAUAUCGACCCAAUAAAAAUAAGCAUGGCAAAACAUAAUGCAACGAUUUAUGGUGUAGCUGAUAAAAUUGACUUCAUAGUUGGAGAUUUUCUUCAAAUAGGUCAGUAUGGCCAGUUUCAAAGCGAUGUAAUUUUCUUAAGCCCACCCUGGGGAGGACCAAAGUAUAAGCGAAAGACAGAUUAUGAUAUUGAAAAUUAUUUGCAGCCUGCAGGAGCGACAAAAUUGAUGGAAAUCGCUAAAACAUUUAGUGAAAAUGUUGUUCUAUAUUUACCACGAAAUGCUCACAUUAAGCAGGUUGUAAAAUUAGCGGGCGAAGGCAAUCGAUGUGAAGUGGAGCAUAAUUAUUUAGAUUCACGACUUGUGGCAAUUACUGCGAUAUAUGGAGAGAAUAUAUUAAAGUCGAAAGAUUUGUAACAUAAGAACAAAAUCGGAUUAUUUUUAGAAUAGAAUAUGAUGUAUCAAAAUAGUUUUACUACAAACAAGUAGUUUGUUUCUAUGCAUUAAUAAAAAAUUAGUACGUAUGUAUACGGCGGCCAACCGCAACUUAAACCAAAAGAUAAUAAUAAAAACAAUUUAUGUACGUAAGCAGUAAUUAAAUCCACUUUGAAAUCUAGGGAAUGCGCGUGGAGAACACCCUAUGUCUAGAUUUUUUGAGUAUUCUAUUUUUCUUAUUUCCUAAUUUUCAACGUAAACAAACUAUCAGCUAUUUCGAAUAAUUGUCGCUUCGAGACACCAGCUGGUAAGGCUUUUGUAUUACGAUCACACCAAAGAAAUCUACUUUCCAAUGUUUAAAUUUUGUAGCUGUUUCCUACUCAUAAUGAAACUAAGCAAAGCACGGCAUUGAUGCUAACCGUGUAGAAACUCAAGUCCUUGCCAACAGCUAAUACCAAACCAAUUUUUUUUCCAUGUCUCUUAGCAGCUAUUUUAGAAAAGCAAUGCUGCGCACAUCAUUUAUUGCCUCUUUCGCACUACUCAUUAUUUAUCAAAGGUUGAAAUGAAGUUACCCUUCUAUAGAGUCCGUGAUCCUUGUGUUGUUAGCUAAGGAAACUCGUUGCCUUGACGAAGAAUUUUCGUUAUUUUCUUUAGUAGUGAUGACGCUACAGUACCGAGUAAACCAUUACGCCAAAAAUGUAGGCAGUGAUCCCAAAAGAGCUCAAUUUCUUAAUAUAUAUCGUCCCCUAUAUGUCAGAAGCAUGCAUGUGCAAAUUCUCCAAUUUUGAGUUAAUGGGUUGACUUGAAUAACCUUUGAAUGUUCUAAGUUACACCUAGAAUACUAUGUGUACAAGGACACCACAAAUAACCUUUUAUUUCUGAUUUUAGACGAGCAAUAAACUCUCAAACUCGAUAUUUUCAUUCUUACACAUCCAUGUUUUUGGCAUAAGGGGCCGCUUUUCACUCGCAUCGAAACUGCAGCUGUUCUCGAACGCAGCAUGUUUGUUGAAUUGAAAUUAAUAAAGAACUUUUUAUAUAUACA